AUGAGACCAUCAUCAGCACUAGCUUACCCUACUGAAACAUACGACCUCAACAGCGGUACAAAAGCCUACUCUCAGUUCUUGACGAAUUUACGCACAAGAUUGGAAGCAACAAAGGCUUGCAACAUUCGAGUGACACAAGCAACCUUACCAGCAGACGCGGAAUAUGUUUAUGUGAACCUUAAAGUUACCGCAGCACAAUGGGUCACCUUAGCCAUAAGAGUUGAUAAUGUGUAUCUGGUGGCUUAUCGUGUUGGUGGCCAAACUAAAGGCACAUUCUUUAAUGAGCUAGAUGUUAGAUCUGCAAGGUCUAAACUUUUUGAUAAGAACGAUAAUCAACCAACACUUCAAUAUGACAGCAACUAUAAUAGCAUACAGGCAGUGGGCGGCUCUAGGAAGGACCUUGCCUUGGGGAUUCAGGAAUUACGGAAGAAAAUUGUAGCCUUCUAUGACCACAGAACACCAGUGUCAGCUGCGGAGGUGGCCCGAUUCCUUCUUAUGAGUAUCCAAAUGGUUUCGGAGGCUGCGCGAUUCAAGUACAUUGAGACUCUCGUCGUCAAUAGUGGAUCAAGUAAAGCUUUUAAACCAGAUGAUAAAAUGAUAGAUCUCGAGACCAACUGGGGAAAGAUCUCAAAAGCUGUCCAUCAAUCGAACGAGCAAGUGCCUAAUAAAUGUGUUACUAUUAGUCCACCCAUUGUGAUCGCGGGCAAGAAGUGGAAUUUGGUAAGCGACGUAAAAAUAGAUGUGAUCCUGCUCAAGUACAAGAGCAAUGACGCAAAUAGUUGUACGUCUGGUCAUCAGUUGUUUUCUACAAUGGUUGCGAGCUAUAUCAACAAAGCUGCUGGUACUGCAGGUGGUGUUGGAGACUCUGAGCUAGCAAUUUUAGAAGAUUCAUUUGUGUGCUCUAUCAAUCAAUAA